CUGUUGCAUUGAGAUCUUUCUAAUUGAUUACUUUUUGAUUAAACGUACAUUUUUAAGUGUAAAAGCAAGAUGGUAAAGUUAAUUUGGGUCUGCGCAGCAUUGAUGGCCAUGUUCGUUACAGGUGAAUCUCUGACCUGUCGCACCUGCAAAUUGAGCAUUGCGGAUAAAUGUCUGUACAGCGGCGUUGUGACCUGUAGUGACACUCAGCCCAACUGCUUCUGGGGAAAACUGGCGCUCAACAUCAGUCAUAUUAUGACCCUGCAGACUCGGGGCUGCAUGGCCUCGUCUCUCUGCAACAAGACCGAAAUGGGAGCCCUCCUGACUGCCGGAUACACCUUCACCACGACCUGCUGCAGCACCGACUGCUGUAAUGGAGCCACGUCCAUUCAGCUCCCCGUCACUGCUGCUUUGGGCGUCACCCUGAUGGCUGUUUGGAACAACUGUAUCCUAUGA